CAACAAAUUCUUUCUCGUGUAGUGGUAGAGGAGUACAUGUACACCACAACACCGUACCGUGGUAGUUACAUCAGGUACACACGCGCCCCGCUCCGUUCGCCUACCACCCACGAUUCCAAGGAGAAGCAGCGCAGCGCAGCGCGUGUAACCAAUGGAGUCGUCGUCGCGGGGGAAGCCCGGCCUCAACGGCAGCGGCGGCGGCGGCCUGGACUACUACGGCAGCCGCAGGGGCUACUACGCGGGCGCCGGCGCCGGCGGAGCGGUGCUGCCGCCGCUGGCGGGGGCGGCUGCGAGGGCGCCGCCCGUGGACCCGUGCUGCGUGGCGCUGCGGGUGUUCGUCCUGGCGGCGACGCUGGUGGCCGCCGUCGUGAUGGCCGCGGACCGCCAGAGCACCACCGUCCAGGCCGCCGGCGGCGGCGGGGAGCUGCUGCAGCGGGUGCCCGUCACGGCCAAGUGGACCUACUCCUCCGCCUUCGUGUACCUGGUGGUGGCGAACACGAUGGUGUUCGCGUUCUGCGCGGCGGCGCUGGCGGCGUGCCGGAGGCGGAGCGCGGUGGUGCCGGUGAUGGUGGGGGACCUGGUGGCGCUGGCGCUGCUCUUCUCGGCGGUGGGGGCGGCGGCGCAGUUCGGCCUCCUCGGGGAGCGCGGCAACGCGCACGUGCGGUGGGCCAAGGUGUGCGACGUCUACGGCCGGUUCUGCGAGCGCGCCAUGGCCGCCGUCGCGGUGUCCCUCAUCGCCGCCUUCGCCGACCUCGUCCUCCUCAUGCUGAACAUCCUCACCAUCCACAAGGCCUCCUCCUACUACUAGAUGAAUCCACUCCAUGGAUUUUGUGUGAUCAAAUUAACUGAUGAUUGUAUUACAAUUAGUUUUCAACAGAGGCAGCGGUGAACAUAUCAUCAUUUACCAGUGACUGAUGACGGUCCGUGCAUGGCGUGUGAGAUGAUGUAUGCAGUCUUAUAAUUUAACAGUUGACAUGGUAUACUGGAGUAUAA